AUGGUUGAGUUCUUCCUUCCCCGUGGGACCAUCCUCGUGUGUUGCGUUUACUGCCCGCCCUCUUCACGUGAAAAAGCCUACAGACUUCUCGACAGUUCCCUGGAGGCUGCUGCUUCAAAGCCUUACGUGAAUAUCCUUAUCUUCGGCGACUUCAACUGCCACGUAGACUGGUGCUCCCACGAGGUUCCUGUCCCUCGUGACAACACGGACGAUGUGCUCCUCGAGACCACGACUGCUGCGGGCCUGGUCCAGGUGUGUCAGCAGCCGUCGUAUACGUCCCGCGAGGGUGUACCGAGUUUUCUCGACCUCGUCUUCACAUCCGACGCAACACGCAUAGAGCUUGUGGAGACUUCCGAAGGCCUCCACGGCAGCGACCAUCUGGCCGUGGAGCUACGUUAUGCAGUCUCGUUGCCCCGUACUGGGCAUCACGCUCUUAGGUUGUGGAGGUUCCGGCAGCUGGACUUCGGGCACAUGGCUCAGCUGGCCCACCUGACGCCAUGGUGCAUGACCACCACCGGUUCAGACUGGUCAUCGAAUUACGAUCUCUGGUGUGAUUUCAUGUUCGCAAUCCAGAAGGAGUGUGUGCCCUGCUCCACACACUCAUCGAAACGAAAACGCCUGCCAUGGAUCACGCCAGACAUCAUAAAGGCAGCGCGAACCAAGCAGAUAUUGUUUCGGAGGGCACGCCGAUCUCAUUGCCCAGCCGCCCUACGAUUGGCAAAGGAGCACCAGCGGACGCUGAAGGCUGCUAUCUACGUCUCCCACCAGCAGUAUGUUCGCGACAUUGCUGAAAGAGCCAAGACCGAUCCAAAGGUCUUCUGGACCUUCAUUAGCCAACUGCGUUCUACGUCACAGCGACCGAGUUUUACCAUCAGUGGUCGCGCAGCUAACUCCCCACAAGAAAUAGCCAACCUCUUUGCUGACCAUUUUGCUUCUAUUAACAACAACAGUCCGCCUCCGAGUUCCUCGGGAUUCACAGCACCAAAUGUAUGUCAACCGGAACUACCUGCACCACGACCCCUGCCUGUGUAUGCAGAUGACGUUCGACAAGAACUUUCCAGGGUGCUGUUUUCAGAGAAAACAUUGCAGGAGGCACUCGCCAAAAUCAAGAACUCUUGCAGUCCUGGGCCAGAUGGGGUCGCUCCCAUUUGGUUUAAGCUGUUCUGCUCGCAUGUUCUUCCAACCACAUCAAGUUACUUCAGGGUCUACUGGACAGUGGGGUCGUCCCAGAAGCGUGGCAAGAAGCGCUGGUCACUCCACUCCACAAGGGAAAGGGGAAGCCAGUGGACGAGCCAAGGCACUACCGUCCGGUUUCAAUCACCUCAAUUGUUUGCCGGACAUUUGAGAGGGUUGUUAACGCCCAACUUCUAA